AUGUAUCAACAGAUCAACCGUUACCUGUCUCGCAGGGAGUAUCCAGAGGACUGCCCAGCGCCAAAUAAGAAGAAACUGCGUAACCGUAGUCGUAAGUAUGUGGCAGUAGAAGACCGCCUGCACAUUAAGAGGUCGACGGGGGAGCCAGGUCCCGAGGUAUUACAUGCCCAGAACAUGCUCAGAGUGGUGACCGAGGUCCACGAGGAGGGACACUGGGAUGAGGACGCCGCGAUCGUGGCCAGCCCCCGUCCGGAAAUUCCAGAAAGUCUAUUUGCAGAGAGUUCUGGAAAGCCGAGUCCGCGUCAUCCACGGACUGAUGGAGGAGUACCGCCUUCUGGCACAAGAGAGAAUCGCGGUACAGCAGAAGAAACGGAAGAAGCGAUACGACAAGUCGGUCAUAACCGUCAAGUCCGAGGUUGGCGAUCAAGUCUUGAUGCGGGAAAUGACGAAGGCGACGAAAUUCGACGAUGCCUGGUUGGGUCCGUUCGUGGUCACGCAAGUAAACCGGGAGCGUGGAUAUGCUCAAGCGUUGGGUGGCCCCCACGAGUGCCAAGGAGCCGUCCCGGAAGGCGAAGAAGAAAUUCGUGGAAGAAGGUGCGACGACAAGAGUCGGAGACGCGCAUUGACACGGAGAAGGCCAAGGAACCCACCUUAUCGGUACAGGCGAGGGAAACAGGAACGGUGGAGCAGAAGCAAGAACAGGCGACAAGCGCAGCCACAGUGGAGCCGGUCGACGAUGUAGCUCAGAUACCCGAGGUCCUCGUUGCUGGUCAACCCCCUCUUCAUGAACCGCAGAAGGUGCCGAUAUACCCCCGGACAAUUCGAGUAUUAUAUGAUGAUAUAAAGGAGAACAGAAGGAAAGGAUGGAAAGUCUGGUUAUUCAAUUUUGGACAAUAUAUCUGGGUGGAUCUUACGGACAGCCUGGCAGGACAGCCUGAACAGCCUGAACAACCUGAAAUCAGCCAUGCAGAAAGUCGUAAGAAGUUGCUGUCAUUAAAACGUGGCGCAAUCAUGUUGAAUAUUUCACUAUUCAUUGGUCUUCUUACACGUAUCGUGUCUUUCUCUUUCUUUCACCUACUUAUAUUCCCAAAGUCUGACAGUACCAACUGGUCACUGCUGGCGUGGGAUGGCUUUAGAAAAAUGAUCGAUGGAUCUUAUGGUUGCCAGCAACAAUAUCCACAACAGGAUACUCUUUUGCUCUCAAAAUUUGUAAGGACGAGUAAGGAAGAACGCGAGUCAUGGCGUUUAUUCAUUCUAUGUCAAUUAACAUUUGGCCGUAGACUUGAACAAUUACCUUUAGAACCAAUCAGUCAAAAGGUUGAUAAAUUGGGUUUGAUUACAAGAUAUACUAGUGCAGCUAUCAAUCCAUUGUUGGAAAAUCUUAUAAAACACGUCAUGUUUCGGUGGUAUGAAAAGAAAAAUUUCAGUCAAACGCAAGCUCAAUUUAUUUUUGUCAUUUUCGCGUACUUUAGGACUUCUGUUGCCAAUAACAAGUGUAAAUCUUGUGAGAUGGCAUUGUUACUGGCCAGACCAGACUCUACAAUCAGCAAGGUUAUGGGCACGGAGAUCGGGCAAACUGUGGGAUAUGAAGAAGUGAAACCGGCAUUACAGGCGCUGAAUCGCGAGCUGGUCGGAAAAGACUUGGUGCGAUUGGCGCUUUUAUCAAAAAAAAAAACGCGAUUGAUACGUAUCGUAGCAAAUUUGUCUUGGUGUUUCUUGUCGCUGUUGCCCAUAGGCAAAUUUGUUGCCCAUUCGGGGUUGUUAAACAUUAAUUCCUAUUGGCCUAUAAAAAAGUUACCCAUACGCAACCGAGUUCCGCAUCCGGAGCUUUAA